GACGCGCUGGAGCUGGAUGUCCGCGCUUCUCUUAAUGAUCCGGAGACGCGAGGAGAAGCAGAAUCACCGGGACGCACAUGUUCAGCAGAUCUGCGUCCGCGCUGCUGGCCCAUGACGAGGAAUGUUAAAACGCGUGAGCCGGCUCAUCUGCUCACCAGAGCAGCUCCCGGGGCCGGACAGCCCCACAGUCGGAGAGUGUGAACAGGCCAAAGAGAGUUUACAGGCUCGAUAACAUGAUGAUCCGGCCCUUGUCCCCUCCCCCCUCCACCUCUCUCUUCCCCGUUUUCCUUCUGCUCCUCCCUUUCCUCCCUCCGUCCCUCGUCUCCUCUUCCCUUUCUCACGCCCCUUUGAGCUGGACCUCUCCUCAUGACCCCUGCUACUACGUAGACGGCCGCCCGCGCCACUGCCUGUCGGAGUUCAUCAACGCCGCUUAUGGCGUCGCGGCCAACACUAGCCAUUCGCUGCAUGGGCCCGAUCAUGACGGCAGCAUCACCACCUUGACGGACCUGCACAACCCACACAACCUCACCUGCUGGACGCCUCGUGGAGGUCACGACGCCGGGGACUGGGUGCUCUCGUUACCUCUGGGCCGCCGCUUUGAGGUCACCUACAUAAGCUUGCAGUUUUGCCAACGGGGCGAGCCGUCGGACCCCAUCUCCAUCUCCAUCCUCAAGUCUAUGGACUACGGGCGCACCUGGAGGCCGAUGCAGCACUACUCCAGCGACUGCCUCGGGGACUUUGGGUUACCCUCCCAGACGGUGGCCCAGACGAGGCACCAGGAGACAGAGCCGCUCUGCUCCGACCCUCGCCCCCUGCAGAAGCAGCGGGGCGGCAUGGUGUUGGCCUUCUCCGCCCUCGAUGGGCGGCCGUCCUCUCCCGAUUUCGACCACAGCCACACCCUCCAGGACUGGGUGACGGCCACAGACAUCCGCGUGGUCUUCCACCGGAUGCCCAAAGAGGCAAAGGCGGGCAACUCCGAUAGGCGGGAGGAAGCGCGGUGGCGCGGCGGUGCAGAAGAUGACAGAGGGACUGGGCUCCUGAGGUGGAGAUCGGGAUCCACGGGGCACGCUGGAGCUCAGGUGGACCGGUUAAAUGCAGAUACACUGGCACUUUUUGAGAGGGAAACAAAAAACUCAGUGAUGAGUGGGAGGAACAAAGGGGCGAAAGCAGUCAAACAUGGGAGGAAGGGUCAUUAUAAAGGGUCAGGUCAAGACAAAGAUGGACACAAUGCGACCAGCAAAGAAGGGGGUGAUAGCUUAAUCACAGACACGCUCACUUAUUCAAAGAAAGGCAGUAAAGCCAGACGGCGGGGAAUCAAGAAAGAGAGCAGCGAUUGGCUACCUUGCCCCAGCGGUGGUUGCGUUUGGACGGUUGAGGGGCGGAGCACGAACAACAACGGGCGGGAACUGAGGAAGAGGAGGAACAACAACCUCCACACCAGACAAAGCUCCAGGAGUCUGCAGGCGGCCCCGCCCCCUGCGGCCCGCGCCCCGCUGGCCCUCUCGGACGUGCAAGUCGGCGGCCGGUGUAAAUGCAACGGACACGCCUCCAGGUGUCGCCGUGACGACAGCGGCCGGGCGGUGUGCGCCUGCGAGCACCACACGGCGGGGCCAGACUGCGACGUGUGCGAGGAUUUCUACUGCGACAGACCGUGGCACCGGGCCACACCAACGCACCCAAACCCCUGUGUGGCCUGCGAGUGCAACGGCCACUCAAACAAGUGCCGCUUCAGCAUGGAGGUGUUCCAGCAGUCGGGGCGGCGUAGCGGGGGCGUGUGCCUGAAGUGUCGCCACCACACGGCCGGACGCCACUGCCAGUACUGCCAGAGCGGAUACACGCGCGACCAAAGCAAGCCGCUGAACCACCGCAAGGCCUGCCAACCGUGUCAGUGCCAUCCUUUGGGAGCCGUGGGCCGCUGGUGUAAUCAGACAUCGGGUCAGUGCCUGUGUCGGGAAGGGGUGACCGGCCUCAGGUGCAACCGCUGCGCCCCGGGGUAUCAGCAGGGCAAGUCCCCUCUGCGGCCCUGCAUACGAAUUCAAGAGGUCGAGCCGACCCCAGUGUACCAACCUCAGUACAGCAUAGCGGAGGAGUGUGUCUCGUACUGCCAGCCUUCUCAGGCUAAAGUCAAGAUGAACUUGGAGACCUAUUGUCUCAAGGACUUUGUGCUGAAGGUGCAGGUGAAAGCGAUGGAGCGCUCGGGUCCCUGGUGGCAGUUCUCCGUCACCGUCCAAACCGUCUUCCGCGCGGGGUCCGUCUCUCGCGUCCGCAGGGGCCCCCAGUCCCUCUGGGUGCCGGACCGCGACCUCGGGUGCGGCUGCCCCGCGCUCCACGCGGGCCGGACCUUUCUGCUGAUCGGCGCCGAGGAGGGGGAGCGGGGCUGGGGCCCCGAGGAGAGCCGCCUGGUGGCGGACCGCUCCACCCUGGCCCUGCAGUGGCGGGAACACUGGAGCCCCAAACUGAGGGGCUUCCGCGGGCAAGACAACAGGGGCCGCUGCCCGCCGAAACACAAGCACCCCCGCGGCGGGGAGCCGGCGAGGCCCCAGUCCGGCUACGUGCCUCCUCACCUGCGGGCGGAGGAAGAGCCUCGUCGCAGCGUGGACACGCACUCCGUGAGAGGGGGGGACGCUCAAACCGCAGCGGUGCCGGAGGUCGGACCCACGGAGGGGGGCCCCUCGCCCAGCGCCCCCGCUGCCGGGUGCUCUACUCAAGGUCCCGGUUGAAGAGACCCCGAAAACCACAAAAAGACUUUUUACCCAAAGGGCUCGACUGAGAAAGUGCACAAACACACACAAACACACACACACACACACCUGUUAGUUGACGUUCAAAUGCUUAAAAUGUGAAGAAACACAAAAUGUAGAACUCCACCAACUCCAUAUCUUCUACAAUAUGACACUUUGAACAUUAAAGUCGGACUAAACUGAAAUGCCAGGCAGUAUUUUUGUCCUAUAAAGAUUUUUUUUUAAAUAUUUAAAUGAUAUUUAUUCUUGGAUCCCUUUAAGUAACAGACAUUAAAACCAGUGGAAACUGAAUAAAAUAAAUGAC